AUGGAAACACAGGACACUCGAAAUGGUCAAUUCCAUCGUUCCUUUUCUCCGCGCCAGGUCCAUAUUAUCUCACUUGGUUCCAACAUCGGCAGUGGAGUAUUUAUCGCAACAGGCCAGGCUCUCGCCUCGGGGGGUCCAGGGAAUAUGGUCCUUGCCUACGGAAUGGUCUGUAGCGCGGUCUGGGCUGUACUGCAGUCUUUGUCUGAGAUGACUAUCGCGUUCCCCGUCUCAGGCAACUACAUCGACUACGCCGAUCGGUGGGUUGAUCCUGCCUUGGCCUUCGGGGCGGGAUUCGCAGAGUGGCUUGCAUGGAGCGCAAUUGUCGCGUCAGAAGCGGGCUUUUUCAAUGUACUAGUACAAUACUGGGCAGAGGGAUCGUUACCCCUUGCAGCUACAGUCACCAUAUUCCUUGCAGUCUGCCUGUUUGUCUUCUUACUUCCUAACAAGGCUUUUGCCUGGUUCGAAUACAUCACGUCUAUCAUUAAAAUAUUCCUCUUCCUCUUAAUCAUUGUGCUUGCCUUGGCCCUGGUUUUGGGCGCUGGACCGAACGGCUACGUCCAUCACGGCGAAACUUGGACAGACCUUCCCCCCUUUUUCAAUGGCUUCACCGGAUUCGCAAACUGCGCUCUGCUGGCUGUCUGGGCAGUUGGCGAUCAAGUCUUCAUUGGAAUCAUGGGUGGUGAAGCCGAAAGUCCACGGUUCUCGAUGGCACACGCGACAAAGCUCGUUCCAUUCCGGGUGAACUUCAUCUACAUGGUCAGCAUCGCUUUUAUCACAAUCCUGGUUCCGUCAAACGAUGAGCGUCUCCUCAGUGGAAGCGGAGUCGCUGCGUCUCCCUUUGUCAUCGCCGUUCAAGACGCAGGUAUCCCGGUGGUUCCGUCCAUUUUGAAUGCCGGAAUGAUAUGUGGAGUGCUUGCAAUUUCUGCAGAAGGCGUUUAUCUCUCCUCAAGAGUGUUAAGAACGAUGGCGCAUCAACGUCUCAUUCCAGAAGUUCUCGCCAAAGUUGAUUCUCGAGGCAGGCCGAGAUGGGCGUUGGUGAUCACCAGCGUGUUUUCCGUCAUCCUUUCUUAUAUCCAACUUGCAUCCGGGGGUCUCACUGUGCUGAACUGGCUGAUUGCUAUCAGCAGUGCGUCUUUCUUUACAAACUGGGGUAUUAUCGCCUUCACCAAUUGGCGCUUCCAUUGCGCCCUCAAGGCACAAAAGGACCAGCUGUUUACUGAGGCAUAUGGGUGGAAGUCGACAUUCUGGCCCACAGCUCCGGCGUGGCUCAUGUUGGUUUCCCUCAUGUUGCUGGCGUGCUGUGUUGGAUGCGGUGUUAAGCCUGUUGGCGGCCUUACCUUUACCGCAGAGAACUUCUUCCAGUACACACUCGGGCUCUGGGUCAUCGCCGGUUUAACCCUCGCUUACAAAAUUAUUUUCAGAACCCCGUGGAGAGACCCAAAGACCGCGGAUUGCAUCACCGGUAGACGGACAUUGGGGGCAGAGGAAAUCAUGGUUCUCGACCGUUACUAUGAGCAGCCCUGGUGGAGGCGGUUUCUUACAUACGUGCAGCUGUGGUAG